GUCACUACAGGCUAGAUAAUCCUUGUAAAUUAAAAGGUUUUUGUGAAGCAGCAGCAGACAUAUUGCCAACGUUCCGCCUGCCUCUGAGCAGAAGUUAUUUAGCUAAAAGGGUGAAGAAACGCUAGCAUUUUCAUAUGUUUGGGCUUUGAUCAUAAUUCUUACGUUCAAGAGAAUGAAUUCAGAGGCAAGCUGUUGAAUCAGAGGUGGAUGAGAGGAGAGCGGAACAGCACCUGCCACACGACGAAGAGGAAACCAGCCAAAAUGAGUCAGGACGCUGAUGAGAAGCGCACUCGGACGCGCUCCAGAGGAAACAGAGAAGCUGCGGGACAAGAAUUAUGCUGCCCCACACCUGGAUGCACUGGUGCAGGACACAACACCGGGAGAUACAACAGACACCGGAGCGUGCAGAACUGCCCGCUGGCCAAGAAGAGGAAACAGGAAGAGGCGGAGUCACAGCAGGACCUCCCCACGCCCAAGAGGAAGCCCCAGCUCCUGUCUCUAACCCUGGACGAGGGCUACGGCAUCGACAGCGCGGGCAGCGAUGAGGAGGGCAAGGAGGAUCCCAGCCCCAAGCAGGAGGCGGGGUCAGGGGAGGAACAGCAUAAAAAGGAGGAGCAGGAGGAGGAGCAGGAGGUGGUGGUGGUGUCAAAGAAGGAGGAAGAUGGAGGAACGCUGCCUACACAUGAGCUCACAGAAGAACAGUGUUUGCAGGCGGAGUCCUCAAGCGCUGAAAAGUGUGAAGACGUUCAACUGUCACCUGUAGCCACAGCCCUGGCCACCGACACACCCUCAACCACACCCAUAGCUACGCCAUCAACCACACCCAUAACCACACCCUCUAUUACGCAUGAAGCUACGCCUCCAGCUGUGCCUGAAGCCCCUCCCACCGUUACACCUGCGGCCACGCCCGCCGUCAGGACCCAGGUCCCCAGCAGCCGUGAGGCGGUGGCCAGCUCCCUGCUCACUCUCAGCCAGGCGAUAGAGGUCACCACCCCCCGGCAGGUUUCCACGGACGCCGAGAGGCAGAAGGAACCAGCCGAGGAGGAGGAGGAAGAGGAGGAAGUGAAGGAUGAAGACGGUGAGGGCGGAGAGGAGAAGCGGGUGCCCGUCCGGCCGGUGGAGUCCCUGGAUGUGGACAGGGCAGACGCGCACAGGCAGGAGGAGGAGGAGGAGGAAGAGGAGGAGGAGGAGGAAAGGGAGGAGGAAGAGGAGGAGGAGAGGCAGGAGGAAGAGGGAAGGCCAUGCUCCAGCCGGAGGGACAAUCCGGACCACCAGUACUUCAGCGGGGUCUACACGCAGCUCCGCACCCAGGGAGAGGGGAGGGCCGAGCGCGAGGAGGACGAGUAUGAUGAAGAGGAAGAGGAGGAAGGAGUCCACGCCCCCACCGGUGCUCCAGCUCAGGGAUCAGAACCAGCAGCUCAGGACCAGGAGCCCCCCCUGGGGAAGCGGCAGGAGGAGGUGGAGGAGGAAGAGGAGGAAGAGGAGGAGGAGGAGGAGGCCUUCACACCUCAGAACGCCACCCUCCACAGCUUCGCCGUGCAGCACACGGAAGACAUAGAGAGAGAGGAAGAGGAGGAGGAGGAGGAGGAGGAGGAAGAGUACCAGGAGGAGGAGGGAGAGGCGUACGACGCCACGCGGGGGAAUCUGGGCCUGCUGGAGCAGGCUAUAGCCCUGAAGGCGGAGCAGGUGCAGGGCCAGGCCCCCGAACAGCUCAGGAACUUCCCCCCGCAGGAGGGGCCCAGCCGGCUGGCAGAGGGCAUGCGCUCCAAGGCCUACUCCAGCAGCAGCAAGGAAAGCUCCAGGGCAGACAAGAAAGAAAUAAAAUGCCCCACCCCAGGGUGUGAUGGGACGGGUCAUGUGACCGGCCUCUACCCUCACCACCGCAGCCUGUCUGGCUGCCCACACAAGGACCGAGUCCCACCUGAGAUCCUGGCCAUGCACGAGAAUGUACUGAAGUGCCCAACGCCUGGCUGCACUGGACAGGGCCAUGUUAACAGCAACCGAAACACCCACAGGAGUCUGUCGGGGUGUCCCAUCGCUGCGGCAGGGAAGCCGAUCCGGGUGCAGCCGCAGCAGCCCGCCCCCCAGCCCCUGAACGAGCCGGGCGCGGGGAGUCCCCACUCCGACAGAGUGCUGAGGCCCAUGUGUUUUGUGAAGCAGCUGGAGAUCCCUCAGUACAGCAGCCUGAGGCCGGGCGUGGUGCCGGCCACGCCGCGCGCUCACCUGGCCAGGGAGCUGGAUAAAUACUCCAAGGUGUCGUUUGACUACGGCAGCUUCGACGUGCAGGUGUUCGGGAAGCGCCUGCUGGCCCCCAAGAUGCAGCCCGGAGACACCGUCCUGAGGCCCUUUAAACCAGCCAAACCGUACCCCAAGGCCUCGUCCCCCAGGCACGGCGUGCAGGGGGGCUACGCGCAGAACGCCUCUUCCUCUUCCUGCUCGUCCUCCUCCAGCGGGUACGACUACUCCCAGGACGCCGAGGCGGCACACAUGGCCGCCACCGCCAUCCUCAACCUGUCCACCCGCUGCUGGGAGAGGCCCGAGAGCCUGGGCGUCAAGCAGCAGGACGCCGGCAGCAAGGACACGGACAUCGAGGUGGACGAGAACGGGACGCUGGACCUGAGCAUGAAGAAGCUGGUGAAGCAGGAGAGCUGCAGCCCUGCCAGGCCUUCCUCCGACCACUACUCCUCCUCUUCCUCCCUGGCGCCCGGGGGCAGCGCCAGGAGCAGCGCCGUCACCUCCCCGCCCUCCGCCCGCGCGCACGGCCCCGAGGAGUGGGAGGGGCCUCUGGACUACACCAAGCCCAACCGUCAGCGAGAGGAGGCGCCGGAGGAGGCGGAGCGUCUGGAGCAGUCGGAGCAGACGUACUCGUCCUCGGACAACGAGGACUACGACAGGCCGAGUGAGGACAGGAAGUACCCCGGUGAAGUCACGUCCUCCGCCUUCAAAAUGAAAUUCCAGCCAAAGGAUUGCAAAAAAGAGGUUCUGCUGUGUCCCACUCCGGGCUGCGAUGGGAGUGGUCACAUCACAGGGAACUAUGCGUCUCAUCGCAGGUGUGUUGCAGUUAGACGCCCCCUGCUGGCUACAAGUCUUUCUGGGUGUCCACUUGCCGAUAAAAGCCUGCGGUCCCUCAUGGCAGCCCACUCUCCUGAGCUCAAGUGCCCCACCCCCGGGUGUGACGGUUCAGGGCACAUCACAGGAAACUACGUCUCCCAUCGCAGUCUUUCAGGAUGCCCACGUGCCAAGAAAGGAGGGAUUAAAUUGACCCCCACUAAGGAGGACAAAGAAGACGCAGAACUCAUAAGAUGCCCAGUGCCGGGGUGCGACAGCCAGGGCCACAUCAGCGGGAAGUACGCCACGCACCGCAGCGCCUACGGCUGCCCUCUGGCGGCGCGCAGGCAGAAGGAGGGCGCUCUCAACGGCUCGCCCUUCUCCUGGAAGUCCUUCAAGGCCGAGGGCCCCACCUGCCCCACGCCCGGCUGCGACGGCUCGGGCCACGCCAACGGCAGCUUCCUCACGCACCGCAGCCUCUCUGGCUGUCCCAGGGCGUCUCUCGGUAAGAAGAAGGCCAGGGGUCCCGGGGAGGAGUACCUCAGCACGAAGUUCAGGGCCAGCGAUGUCCUGGACAACGACGAGGACAUCAGGCAGCUGAACGAAGAGAUCAGUGAACUCAAUGAGUCCAACACUGAGAUGGAGGCAGAUAUGGUCAAUCUACACACUCAGAUCUCCUCCAUGGAGAGGAACCUGAAGAACAUGGAGGAGGAGAAUAAGCAGAUGGAGGAGCAGAAUGAGGCCUUGUUCCUGGAGCUGUCUGGCCUGAGCCAGGCCCUCAUCCGCAGCCUGGCCAACAUCCGCCUGCCACACAUGGAGCCAAUCACAGAGCAGAAUUUUGACACCUAUGUGGACACCCUGACUGACAUGUAUUCCAACAAAGAGUGUUACCAGAACCCGGAGAACAAGGCCCUGCUGGAGGUCAUUAAUAAAGCUGUGAGGGGCAUUGAGGUUUGAAGAGAGACCAGCAGGGAGACUAAAAAACUGAUGAAUAAAUUCAGGGACUUCCCCCUCAAAUAGCAGGCUGCAAAAUUGCCCCCCCCCCACCCCUCCCCCGUUUCCAAAACCCUCGCUCGCUGCUGUCCGUACGAGGAACAAAGGAGCCCGGUUUGGGGUUUUGAUUUGGUGUUUUUCUGGAGUAUGCUUUAUUUGUUGUUCUUGUUUUCUGUUCUUCGAGGUUAGGAUUGAAAGUGAAAAAGAGAACGAGCGUAGCAGUACACGGGCGAGCCUCUCUGCGUGCGCGAACACGGCCGUUAGCCCGCAGAUGAGAUUGUGUUCACACCACGCCGUGCUCCCGAUUGACGUUACGCUUGCGAUGCACUGAUGUUACACUUGCACCAUAUUGUCGUUAUAUUGGAUUUUGAUAUUAGCGUCCUCAGGUUAUGAUAAUGUCGUGUCUGUGUGCUGAUGUCAGGCACCCCGCUGUGUUAAAACUACAUUCCCAAUGUGCUGGCCUGAGAUGCCUUGUGUGUUUUUUGAUGAAAUCAGACCAAAAUCGGGGCUGAAGUACAUCACACGCAUAUUGAUUUGGUGGCUCUUCCGUGUAGGUAGCUAGGAUACAGCAGACAAUCUUUUUGUUCGCCAUCUUGAAAAAGCUUGAUUUUCUUUGUUGGCCUGAUUUCUCCUGGGUACCGUCACAUACAGAGUUCUGCCUCAGAACUAAAAAAAUAUUUAACUUAUUGUAUAAAUGUCUGAUUCCACCUAAGCAUAUGAGCACACUUCCUUUUAAUGAAUAGGUUGAAGUUAAAUUACUGUCAUAUAAUUUAUUUCUGUCGAAUGAAGGAAAAUUGUACAAUGUAAAUUAUUCAUGCUAUUUAUGUAUUUGCUUAUUUAUUUAUUUGUUUAUUUAUCUUGUCUAUUUAUUGCCUGUAUUAAUUUGUCUUGCAAAAGGAACUGCUGCUCUCAAAAGUGCAACUGCAAGGUGGUUUGUGUUUCAGGAGCCAAUCAGAAUAGGGAAAGACUAACCCUCUGUGUCCAUGUUUGAGGGGGGGGGGGAAUCAGGAUUUCACCCAGAAUUAAUUAUUUUAUAGGCUGUAUUAUUUAUUUUAAAGAAUGGGAUUUUCAAAAUCUUUUUUUAUGUACAAAUAUUUUAUAGCCGAUUAGUUUUGAUAAUUUUUUAAAGGUUCUCAUUUUGUUGAUAUUUGUGUUAUCUGUAUUUUCAGAUUCCCACAGCACCAGUUGAAAAAAAGAUUAAUAUUAUUUAUUUAAUAUUUAAGAAAUAAUGGUGAUAUUGUUGGCUACUUAUUUUGUAGUGUGUGUGUGUGUGUGUGUGUGUGUGUGUGUGUGUGUGUGCGCGUGUGUGUAUGUGUGUGCGCGCGUAUGUGUGUGCGUGUGUGUGUGUGUUUGUGAUGGCUGCGU